AAGAUUUGGGAGUAGACUCGAACCCUAUAUAAAAAGCAGCAUAUCCCACUUCUGUCUUCAAAGCAAAGCAUCAUAACCUCUCUUCUCUUUGUUCUUGGUUAACUCAUCUCUUUGCUCUUUUCUCAGCUUAAAUUUCCAGGUCCUUUAUACAUAUAUUAUCGUAUUCCCAUUUUUCUUAGGUUUUCUUCGGUGACAAAUCCACAUCCCAUUUGUCAAUUUAAUCAAGAGUUUCAGAUAUCCUCACUUUCCUUAAGCCUUCAUUCAUUUAGUUUCUUGACACAAAUAAUAUAGUAGAAGUUAUUUUAAAACACAAUGUCAGGCAGAAGAUCACGUUCCAAGCAGUCAAGUGUUUCUAGUAUCACUGACGAUCAGAUCACCGAUCUUGUUUCCAAGCUGCAACACCUUAUCCCUGAACUUCGUCGAAGGCGAUUCGACAAGGUAUCAACUUCCAAGGUGUUACAGGAGACUUGCAACUAUAUCAGAAGCUUACAUAGAGAAGUGGAGGACCUAAGCGACCGGUUAUCCCAGCUAUUAGCUUCCACAGACAGCGAUAGCGACCAAGCAGCCAUUAUAAGGAGUUUACUUAUGCAAUAAUCACCCAUUUUCAUUCACCUUUGGUUUUACUAUAUUAAGUACUACACACCUUUUCCAUAUCUUAGGAUUUCCGGUAGUAAUGCAGAAGAGAUAGGAAAAGGGUUAAACAUGGAGUACCAUGCAUGUUUUAUGAUUCUUGUCAUCAACAGACUCUGUAUAUCAUUCAAGUCUAUCAUUAAAUAUUUUAUAAAAUAAAAUAUUAAAGAAAAAAAAGAAAAAAGAGUUGAGAGUUGUGAAA